AUGAUUCCCUUCGUCAUUUUAUUUAUAUCCGCAACGUCAGCGUUAGGUGCUGAUUUUAGCAACUACAAUGACCAAAAUCAACCCCGUAGUGGAAGCCAGGAUUCUCAGACGUAUUUCCCUAUAGAUUAUUUUGAUGACAUGUUUAAUGAAGAUGUAAAAGUAAAACCAGAUUCAAAAUUUACUUAUAAUUUUGAGCAAACAAGACGUGAUCAGCCUCCACAAGUAGAAAUGAGAGAAGAAGACGUCGGAAGAUAUUUCCACUCGCGGCCUACUAUUACCACACCUCGCUCAAUAUUUUCUAUGAAGGUGGACAGCGAAGCACAGCACGUAUAUCCAAAUGUAAAUCCCACAAAUGAGGUAAGCAGGCAAAGUUGGAACGAGCCACAAGUUGCUUCAGCUCCACCUCCUCCUAAAUUCGCGUUUUCAAGACGACGUAACGAGGCUCCCCGUCAGGUUCAUUCAGCACCAUUCAAAAACAAACCCAUAGUUGUAGCGCCACGUCAAACUACUGCAACGCCAACCGUUCAGUGGACAGAACAUCACAAUGUCCAAAAUCCUCCACGUGAAUCUCAAUAUUUAAAGGAAAGCGAUAAAAUCAUGUUUGCUCCAUCUGCGUCUUAUGUAUCAGAUUCUAUAACCGACAGCAAAAGAAAUGACCAUCAUGAUAUACCUAAUAGAGGACGGCAUAGUACACCUACUAGAGGACAUCACAAAUUUAGCUGGGAUGAUAUCAAAAAUGCAAAUGAGAAACCUAUAGGAAUUCGUCAGGACGUAAUCUCACCACAAGUAUCUACAAUAGUUGAACCAAGCACUGCUUCUCCUGUGAACGCAUUAUCUAAAAAUCCUCCAUCAGUCCCCACAUUGUCACCAUGGUUUGACGGAUUCGGUAAA